CCACACCCAAGAUUGCGAACCGAUUCAAUGGAAAACACGUCGAUGAGAGACGGCUUGGCUUGAGGCGAUUUCCAGUCAUCUUGCGAUUGCGAGCACGUGACCGCUUCCCCCAGCGCCCACUCAGUUCCCAAUCCCUGGACUGCGAGUUCCUCCGUCACUGGCUUGAGAUUCCUGACCGGCGUUUGUGCGAAAAUUCAAUGAGAUAUCACGGUGCCCCGCGCUGGAACGAGCUUCGCGAGCGGAUUGGCUCCGAAGCUGGCACGUUCCAGCUUGUCCUCGAUUGCCCCACACCCCAUGCGUGUCGCUGUCACUUGGUUGGCCGUGUUGGUGUCGGACGCUGCCGCCGCCCCGCUCACGAGCAGCUUCUCGGCUGGGCUGCUGGGCGUGCUCUCCAGCAAGCCGAAGCUGAUCUUUGGAGCCAAGAAGACGUUCAAAGGGGAGGACGUCGACUGGGGCCCACAACAGGACGUCAACACCUCCCAUGCGCAUAGUGUCGUGUUGGACAACGAGCGUCCCGACUUCGUAGACUUGCUUACCGGCGAGAACCUCUCUAAGGAGAACGCGACCAAGUACCUGGACCAGGUUUGGGCGCCUACUGUGGAGAGGAGCAUCCCAUUUGCGUCUAUCCACGGGAACCACGACCACUCGGUCAACAUCGCACACGAGGAGGAGAUCAACUACGAGAUUGCCCAACACGGCAAGACACUGUCGUACACCCGGUCGGAUGUCGGACCCCGCCCGUAUGGCUUGGCCAACUACUGGGUCCCUGUGUAUGCCAAAGCAUCGGAUGUCAAGCCCGCGGUGGUGCUGUGGUUCUUCGACUCUCGGUCGUUCGUCACUGGAGAAGCUGGGCCUGUUCUCGACGCAGCGGAUUACUAUUGGGUUGAUGAAAACACUGUGCCGACCUACAUCGAGCAGCAAAGCGCUCUGAUGGAACGUGUGGUGUGUGCUUCUUGGGAGGACGCAGCGAUGAGACUGAGAGAGUUUCCAGUGGGAGAGUCUUCCUCCCGCCUAGGUGUUUGUCCAUAUCCCCGUGCAAAACGCCGACCAUUUGGCUCCUCUGUACGUCAUCUCCUGAUAUCAAGGUCAACGGCACUCACUCUCCACAGACCUAGCGCAGGAGACCACGACGAUGAACCCGACCCCUCGGCACAAGGAUUUCUCAACAACGUGUACACUGGCCUCGAUCUUCCAUUUUGGAACGCCGUCGUCAGCCAUCUCAACGGUGGACCCCAAGUUCGAAAUGGACGUGCAUUCGAGUUGAAGCUGAGUGGUCUGGUGAAGAAGUCGCCCACGGUCAGAUCGUGGAACAGCUAUGAGGACUCGACGACGAAUGAGCAUGUCAUCCUGGGACCGCACUACAUGCCGCAGUACAAUGAUCUCACGCGUUAACUUGAGGAAUGAAAUCAAUCGGUAGCUGUAAUAGAAACAAUGCCGAUCGUGAUUACCAGGUCCUUCACACUGAUUCUAGGAGACAAACGAAGCCUCAAUCCUCGGCUUCAUCAUCCCGCUCUUCCAGCUCGGCGGCCUCUUCAUCAUCUUCCUGACGCUUGGUGACGACGUCACUGUCGGCAUCUCCUUCGUCGUCUUCGCUCCUCUUCGAUUCGGAUGUGUCCUCAUCGGUCCCUUCGGCAGCCUCGGCGUCACCUGCGUCCUCCGUGGCUUCAUCGUCGUCCCGCUUGUCAAAGAUCUCGCCCUCCUCAUCUCCCUCGUCCCGCUUCCUUGCCUCGCCCUCGCCCUCGCCCUCGUCGUUGUCUCGCUUCUCGGCAGCUGUAUCUUCAGCCUGUUCGUCGUCGUCCCCCCGCUUCGUUUCCUGUUCCUCUCCAUCUCCGCAAUCCUCCUCAUGUCGCUUUGAGACCUGACUCAACCCCGCAUCCGCAUCCCCGCUUUCCUGCCCCUGUUUCACCUCGUCCUGGAACUCGACGAUCCACUUUUUCAGCCAGUCGUUCGUGAGCUCUGACGUCCCGCUGUCGGCCAUCUUCUUCUCGACGGCGGGGACGGUUUUGAGGCUGUCGAGCGUGUCCUGCGAGAGAUUGAUGUUGCUCGCGUUGACUGCGAGGAGGAAGUCGCGGCGCUCGGCUGGAGUGGCGUCCUGGUAUGAGGAGAGGCUGAAGUCGCGGCGCUGUGUGGGACGUUGAGUAAGCCGGGUCUAUGCAGGGAUUGACGCUCACCGAGAUGGGCUUUGCGUGA